AUGACACGAUUGGACUGGGCGAAGCUUUUCACUAUAAUAGGUGUAGCAGUUGGAGCGACUAUGCCAUGGGAUUCAUAUUUAAUCCACAACGAAAUCUUCUCCUAUAAUCCUAGUGUAUUAGUCGGCUACAGGAUAUUGCUCGUUCCGGUGGAAGACGUCUUUUUCUUCGCCUUUCAGACUUACAACACGGGAUUGCUAUAUGUCACGCUAACACGUCAUUUGGUUUUCCCUUCUUUUCUGCGACAGGUCUCCACAAUCUAUCGAGCUUUAGGCAUAACUUUUCUUGCUACACUUACUGUAGCAGGUAUGUUUUGCAUCUGGCAUGGAGAUAGAUACACCUACCUUGGAUUCAUUCUCGCUUGGGCCUGCCCAAUUCUCUUAUUACAAUGGCUACUCGCAGGCGGCUUCAUAGUCCAGCUCCCAGUACAGAUGCUACUGAUAUCUGUGAUAGUACCUACAUUAUUCUUGUGGGCAGUUGACACAUUUGCUUUGCAGCAGGGAACCUGGGUUAUUCAGGCUGGAACUAAGCUUAACUGGCAAAUAUGGGGAGAGCUCGAUAUAGAAGAAGCAUUAUUCUUUUUGCUCACCAAUAUGAUGAUAGUGUUUGGCAUUGCAGUAAGUGACUUUGCAAUAGCUCUGACGCACGGUCGACUAGCGAGCUCGCCUGGUACUAUCGAUACUCCUCUUUCAUACAAUCAUAUCUUACACGAUUUUGUUCGUUUGCCAAAUACCCUAGAUGAUGAAUUUGUGGCUUGCAUUGACGAAUCGGUUUGCCGCCUGGCUAUUUCGAGUCAGAGUAUGUAUAUUGGUUCUGCUAUGUUUCAGGGGCCACUCCGAAUCGACUUAAUCAUGCUUUAUUCCUUCUGCCGAAUUGCAGAUGACUUGGUCGACGAGGCCGGAGAUCGAAAGAAUGCCUCAGAUGUCCUCGACCAGUGCGCUUUGGAGCUGGAAAGUCGCUUUACAUCAAAGGUGGACCGCGUUGAACAAGGAUACUCCAAGUACCCGGAGCUCACCCAAGCGAUAAAAAAUUUACCCGCAACAAGACUGCGCAUUGAGCCAUUACAAAGUCUUCUUGAAGGAUUCCGCACGGAUCUAAGAUUUGAUAGCGAGUCCAAUUCAUUCCCCAUACAUUCAGAGCAAGACUUGGACAACUACGCCUACCAUGUCGCAGGCACAGUGGCUGCAAGCAUGAUAGACUUGCUCGUACAUCAUUUCCCUUGCUAUGCACAUGCUACGAACGAUACAGUGAGAAAUGAGACCCUGGCAGCAGCGGAAAUGAUGGGUCGAGCGCUACAGUUGGUCAAUAUAGCGCGUGACAUUGAAAGAGAUAUUGCGAUAGGUCGAGUUUACAUUCCUACUACCUGGCUCAAGCAAGAAGGUAUCACGCCUGCAGAUGUAAUCAGAGGUCAACACACUGAAUCUGUCGAGCGCUUGAGGGAGCGUGUCCUUAUCAAAGCCCAGGAAUAUCACGAUCGUUCAUUACCAGCGCUAGCUUCCCUUCCGGUAGAGCUUCAAGGCCCUCUACGCGCGGUAAUCGAAAAUUACAUGGAGAUUGGGGCUGCUCUAAAGCGUGGACAUCGCUCUGGGUCGGUCAGGAAGCUUAAGUUGUCUUUGUGGCGUCGGUUACUGGUCACCUAUCGUGCCAUGAUGGCUUGA